AUGCGUCCUAGAUUAAUUAAGAAUCCUUGUUCAACUUAUUUGAUAUGUUCAUCAAUAGCCAAUUUGAAUGUUCUCAUUUUUGGUUUAGUAACACGUUUUCUUUCUGAUGGUUUAGGUAUUGAUAUUGUUUCAGCAAAUUUAGGAUUUUGUCGUUUUCGUUAUUUUAUUCUUUAUUGUUCAAUGGUUCUUUCAUCUUGGUUUACUAUAUUAGCUGGUAUUGAUCGUUAUUGGCUUAGUUCUCGAAAUGCUCAACGUCGUCGAUUAAGUAAUUUGAAAUAUGCACGUUAUUUAGUUGUUUUAACAACAUUAAUUGGUUCAGCUCUAUAUUGUCAUGUAUUUGUCAUGUUUACUAUUGAACAACUUAGCUCUGGUCCAUAUUGUUAUGCUCAAAUAGGAACUUAUCGAAUCUUUUAUGAUAUGUUUUAUGUAACUACAUUUGCUUUUAUACCACCUAUAGUAAUGAUUAUUGUUGGAUUAGCAACUGUUUAUCAGAUUCAUCGAAGUCGUUUACAUGUUCGUCCAUUAACAAUGAAUAAUAAUACAAAUGCUAGUCAAUUAAGAAAACGAGAUCGACAAUUGUUAAAAAUGACACUUGUACAAUUUAUUUUUAUUAUUGCAGUUACAACACCUGUUGCUGUUCAAAAAUUUUAUGCUACAUUCACACAAAAUGUAAUCAAAAGUCCUUUUCAAUUAGCAGUUGAAAGCUUUAUUGCACAAUUAAUGAGAAUGUUAGUCUUUGUUAAUAGUAGCACAAGUUUUUAUGUGUAA